CUUCUUCACACUCCCUUAAACGUAUAAUCUUCCAACUUUCUCGUGUUUUCUUCCUUCGAAAAAAUGGCAAUUUCUAUAGCUGCUACUGGAGCCGCAACAGGAGUCGGAGCUUUGACUUCUUCGUCGGCGAAUUGCUGUUCUUCUACCAAGUUUUCGUACUUGGCUUCCUUGCAAUUUCCAAGAGAGCUUUGCCGUGUUCAAAUUGGCAACUAUGGGUUGAAGUCCAAGAAAGGGUCUUCACGUCUUGUUCCUCUGGUUGAAGCAAAGAAGCAAACAUUUUCUUCCUUUGAAGAUUUAUUGGAGAACUCUGAGAAACCAUUAUUGGUUGACUUCUAUGCUACCUGGUGUGGUCCUUGCCAGUUCAUGGUUCCUAUUCUAAACGAAGUUGGUGAAUCAAUGAAAGAUAAAAUUCAAGUGGUGAAAAUUGAUACAGAGAAGUACCCAGCCAUUGCAGAUAAGUACAAAAUACAGGCAUUGCCAACCUUCAUAUUGUUCAAGGAUGGAGACGUCUGUGAUCGCUUUGAGGGCGCACUCAAUGCUCCUCAAUUGAUGGAACGCAUAGAAUCUGCACUGGAAGUUAAGCAGUAGUCUUGGCGUUCUGCCUUUGUAGUGCUCGGAUCCUCCUUUUGAAGUCAUUCCUGUUUAAAUUUCAAAGAUCAUGUUCUGUUGAAGACUUCAGUUCUCACUCCACUGUAUUUGCAAAGAAAAUUGAUUAGACACAGCCUACAGAUGUAGAAUGGUCAAUCCAUUUGGCCUAACUGCUGCAUUUUUUUCCCCUUCAAAUAUGAUUCGACUUUAAUUUUUUCACAGAAUGGCAAACUUUGAUCUACUGAUGUUCAAUGUAUUAAUCAUUCACCAGAA